AUGAAUUUAAUAAAAGGCUUGAAAUUAAUGGGUAUAGUAUACGUGGUGUGGCCAUUAAGCAGUGAUUCAACCAGUUUAUUUAAGAGAAUCAUUUAUCUAUCUGUGUGGUGGUUUCACUUUAUUAACUACAUCAUAGGCAUUUUGUUUACGUUGAAUACGUGCUACAAAGGCCGUAAAGACAUCAACUUAGUCACGUUUUCUUCCAUGGAAGUUCUGGCUUUUAUCGAAUCUUUGACUGUUCUAAUUAUUUACAAGUACUACGUAAAUCUUUUGAAGAGAUUAUUAAUUCAAAUUGAAGAGUACAUGAAAUCAGCUGGCCUCGAUCGAAAAUUUUAUUUGAAAGAAAGAGGAGCAGUAUUCGCUGUAAUGAUGGUUCUUAUAAUGCAAUUGUACGGCAUUAUAAUUGUGUUGUACAUCACUAAUCCCGUUGAAACCAAAUGGGAAACAUUUUUAACAACAGCGUAUUAUCCCCCGUCUAUCAGAACGCCAGUAAUCGAUGCACUUCUUUUGACUCAUCAACUCGCUGCUAUGCUUCACUCCAGCGUUAUGAUAGUAUUUGACAUAAUAGUUGUUACAUUGAUUUAUGGGUGUACGGUGCGUCUAAAAGUUCUUGCGAAGCAAUUUGGCAAAGCCGAUCGUUAUGAAGAAUUACUUCAUUGCGUACGCCAACAUCAAGAAAUAUUAAUCUUAGCAAGCGACACAAUCAAAGUUGUACGAUUCGUAAUAAUGAAGACCGUUUCAUGCUUCGUUUGUUACACAGUUGGUGCAGGUUUGCAAAUAGUGAACCCAAAAGCUACAACCGUGUCUCUUGAAAGAUUUGGAGUAGUGUUACUCAUAAAUAGCGUACGCCUUAUUAUGAUCGCAUUGAGUGCCGAUGAUUUAUCCGUGGCUAGCAAAGAAAUUGGAUCAUCUGUAUAUUCAACGAUUUGGUACAAUGACGAUAAAGACAUGGUGAUUGCUAAGAAACUAAUAAUGUUACGAUGUCAGAGUAUUGUAAAAGUGAGCGUAGCGGGAUUGAUAACUGCUCUCAGUCUCUCUUAUACGACUGGAAUAAUAUCAUCAGCAGUGUCUUACUUCACUACGCUCAGAGCUAUUACGGGAUCGUAA